CUCCAAAUUAGGCUGGGCUUAAACGAGACGUGCGGAGCAGCGUGGCAGUCAAGAACUGGUGGAGAGAGACGGAUUGAGCCACGGGCUGAGGCCUGUCGAUUUUCAGCGGGCGCCGGGACGGCUGUGGUGCCAAAAGCGAGUUGAGCUGCAGCAGCCCUUGGGACCGCCGCAGCGGUGCCGCGGCACCUCCGCUGGCAACGCAGACACCCUUCGAGGCCUGCGGUGACCUCGUGGCUGCCGCGGGUGGCUCCGCAUCGCGCGCUGCACCCGCGCGCCGCCGUUCGGCCUCGGGCGCCUCCCGGGCACGACUGAGCGCUGGCCGCGGCGCGCGCUCGCCGACGCCGUCGAGGCGGCGGAGCGCUCGCUGGCCGCAGCGGCGGGCCGGGAGGCGACUAAGCGUGAGAGAGCCGAGAGGACGCCGCCGCCGCGAGAUUUAAACCACGAUCGUCCGCGCAGGCCGCCGCCGCCGGUAGGGACGCGCAGGGCACGAUGGUGAACGUCCCCAAGGAGCGCAAGACGUACUGCAAGAACAAGAAAUGCCGGAAGCACCAGGUCCACAAGGUGACGCAGUACAAGGCCGGCAAGGCCAGUAACUUCGCCCAGGGCAAGCGACGGUACGACUCGAAGCAGAUGGGCUUCGGCGGCCAGACCAAGCCCGUCUUCCACAAGAAGGCGAAAACCACCAAAAAGAUCGUGCUCCGAUUGGAGUGCAAAACGUGCAAGGCCAAGAAGCAGCUCAAGAUCAAGCGGUGCAAGCACUUCGAGUUGGGAGAGAAGAAGAAGGCGACGGGCCACGUCUACUAA